UACCAUCCAUUGGACCCCAAGGAUAAGCUCUCUCGGCCCUCAUUUAGACAUUUACCCUUCUCUUAAUCUGUGUUUCUCCUUUUCGUUUUCUUUCCCCUUUUUUUUUUUUUUUUUUAAUUUUUUGCUCCCUCUUUUCCGGCCAUUUUAAGGGCAUUUUUCAUGUCCCUUCUCCUGUGUUCACCAUCCAAAUUCUAGGGUUCUUGUGUUGGGACUAAGCUGGAAGAGAGAGCUUAUCGACUUGUAAGUUGAAGCCGUAGCAGAUUCUGUUUCGGAAGAUGGCUGUGUCAAUGAAGGAUCUCGAUCCUGCUUUCCAUGGUGCAGGACAGAAAGCAGGGAUGGAAAUAUGGCGAAUUGAAAAUUUUUGUCCUGUGCUUGUCCCAAAAUCUUCUCAUGGGAAGUUUUUUAUGGGAGACUCAUAUGUGAUUCUAAAGACAACCGCCUCGAAGAAUGGUGCUUUGCGUCACGAUAUUCAUUAUUGGCUUGGCAAAGAUACAAGUCAGGAUGAAGCGGGUGCUGCGGCCAUCAAAACUGUGGAACUUGAUGCUGUCCUUGGUGGGCGUGCUGUUCAAUACCGCGAGAUUCAAGGCCAUGAGAGCGAGAAGUUUUUGUCUUAUUUUAAACCUUGUAUCAUUCCACAACAAGGUGGAAUGGCUUCUGGAUUUAACCAUGUUGAAGUUAAUGAGAAUAGCCAUGAGACUCGUCUAUAUGUUUGUAGAGGGAAACACGCUGUCCAUGUAAAAGAGGUUCCAUUUGCACGGUCAUCGCUUAACCAUGAUGACAUAUUCAUACUGGAUACCAAGUCUAAGAUUUUUCAAUUUAACGGAUCCAACUCUUCUAUUCAAGAGCGAGCAAAAGCCCUCGAAGUUGUCCAGUAUAUUAAAGAUGCAUAUCAUGAUGGGAAAUGUGAGGUUGCAGCGGUUGAGGAUGGAAAGUUAAUGGCUGAUGUCGAGGCUGGAGAAUUUUGGGGCUUUUUUGGUGGCUUUGCUCCGCUUCCAAGAAAGGCAGCUUUGGGAGAAGCUAGAAAUGAGGAGGCCUCACCAGGAAAACUUCUCUGUGUUGACAAAGGAGAGACGACACAAGUGGAAUCUGAUUCCUUGACGCGAGAAUUGUUAGAGACGAACAAGUGUUAUUUGCUGGAUUGUGGUAUCGAAAUUUAUGUGUGGGUGGGCAAAAGUACAUCUCUCGAGGAGAGGAAAAGUGCAGUCACUGCAGCCGAAGAAUUACUUAACAAAACUGACCAACCUAAAGCUCAUGUGAUCCGAGUAACUGAAGGGUCUGAGACUGUCAUGUUUUGCUCUAAGUUUGAUUCAUGGCCGCAACCAGCUGGCGUAACUGCACCAGAAGAAGGAAGAGGAAAGGUGGCAGCACUUCUGAAACGCCAAGGAUUAAAUGUGAAGGGUCUUGUGAAAUCGGAUCCUAUAAAAGAAGAACCUCAGCCAUAUAUCGAUUGCACUGGCAAUCUUCAGGUUUGGCGUGUGGACGGUGAUCAAAAGACUCUACUCUCAUCAUCUGACCAGUCUAAGUUCUACAGCGGUGAUUGUUAUAUUUUUCAGUAUACAUAUCCUGGUGAAAACAAAGAUGAGCACCUCGUUGGCACUUGGUUUGGGAAGAAGAGCACUGAGGAAGAUAAGGUUCAAGCAACAUUACUUGCCAACAAGUUGGUCGAGUCUAUGAAGUCGCAGGCUGUUCAGACUCGCUUAUAUGAAGGAAAGGAGACUAUCCAGUUUUUUUCAAUCUUUCAGAGCUUUAUUGUGUACAAGGGUGGUAUUAGCUCUGGAUAUAAGAACUUCAUAACUGAAAAUGAAAUUGUUGAUGAGACAUAUGCAGAAGAUGGGCUUGCACUUUUCAAAGUCCAAGGCUCUGGACCAGACAAUAUGCAAGCGAUUCAAGUAGAACCUGUUGGUUUGUCGUUGAACUCAUCCUAUUGUUAUAUAUUGCAUAAUGGCGAUACUGUUUUUACUUGGUAUGGAAGCCAGACUAGCCCAGAGAAUCAAGAGCUUGUGGAGAGACAACUUGAUCACAUUAAGCCAAAUAUUCAGCCAAAAGUGCAAAAAGAAGGGGCAGAAACUGAACAUUUCUGGGAUUUACUUGGUGGCAAAAGUGAAUACACCAAUCAAAAGAUUGAAAAAGAUCUGGAGGGCGAUCCUCAUUUGCUCUCUUGUGACUUCCCAAAUGGCAAUCUAAAGGUCAAAGAGAUAUUCAAUUUCACCCAAGAUGACUUAAUGACAGAAGAUAUAUUCAUUCUGGAUUGUCAUUCAGCCAUUUUUGUUUGGGUUGGACAGCAGGUUGACGUGAAUAGAAAACGUCAAGCACUUAAAAUAUCAGAGGCAUUCAUUGAACAUGAUUUUCUUCACGAGAAACUAUCUCCAGAAACUCCAAUAUUCAUUGUAAUGGAAGGAUUUGAACCCCCAUUUUUUACACGUUUCUUCACUUGGGACUCCGCAAAAUCGUCUAUGCAUGGUAAUUCAUACCAAAGGAAGCUUGCCCUUAUUAAAAAUGGAGUCACUCCAACUGUUGAGAAACCUAAGAGGCGGAUACCUACACAUGGAAGUAGUAGAUCCAGCAUACCCGACAAAUCUCAGCGCUCGAGAAGCAUGUCAUUCAGUCCCGACAGACUUCGUCUAAGGGGGAGAUCCCCUGCAUUUAAUGCCCUAGCCGCUACAUUUGAGAACCCUAAUCCCAGGAAUCUCUCAACCCCACCUCCAGCUGUAAACAAGCUUCACCCGAAAGUUGUGGCUCCAGACUCAGAGAAGCUUGCUUCGCGAUCAGCAGCAAUUGCAGCUCUGACUGCUACUUUUGAACCUCCAAGAGAAAGUGUUGCACCAAAAUCAUCCAAAGAGACCACAAUGAAUAGUGGAGUUAGUGAUCUCACCAUAGAGGAAGAUGCAAAGGAAAAUGAAGCAGACAUUGAUGAAGGCCUUCCAAUAUUUCCUUAUGAGCGUCUAAAGACCUCAUCGACCGAUCCUGUUUCAGAGAUCGAUAUAACUAAACGAGAGGCUUAUUUAUCUUCAGAAGAGUUCAAAGAGAAGUUUAAUAUGCCGAAGGCAGCCUUCUACAAGCUACCAAAGUGGAAGCAAAACAAGCUUAAAAUGGCAGUUCAUUUGUUUUAACUUCAACUGCUUUUCACUUCAUAUACUUAAAGAAGAUCAUUGGCAAAGGAAGAUGACAGGUUUAUUGUUCGUUUGCAAUGUCUUAUCCUUGUUUCUAUUCUUCUCUAAUAUUUUCUCUUAUCUUAUCUCACAGAUUUCAUUAUCCAGGUGUCUCAUAAUGUAAUUGUGAAGAGGACAUCGAUUCGGGCUUCUGUUGUAAAGGCCCACUUUUCCUCUUCUUGGACAUUCAAUUUAUUCUUAUUUCAGUUUUCUCCUGAUUGCAGAACCAAGCAAUUAGGUCUCAAUUUUGGUUACUGAUUUUCAAUUGAAUUUAUUCUUUUUUCUAGAGAUGGUGAAGGAUGCCUAGUGUAUAGCAGUUAUAAUAACAUUGCCAUUGAAAGUGGCUCCUUCCUAGUUAGUUCAGAAGAUGAGGUGUUCUUUAUUCACCUCAUUAAGUAAUAAGAUCGUCGGAGGGUUCAACAUGAGAUGUUUGUUAUCUUCCAGGAAAUUUAUGAGAAAUGUACAAGCUACUUGAAGCAUCAAUAAAGCAUCAAUAAAGAGUACUCUGUCGGAAUAAAUCCAUUUUA